GCAGCCAGCUGGGAGUUUAAAUGCCUGAUUCUGACUGCAGUCAGUCCACACAGCAGCGCAGGUGAGCUGCCCAAGGACCUCUUCUCCAGCUCCCUCUGAUUCCAGGAAGGAUCCAGUGCGCCACGAGACUCCUCGAGCCCGGCAAGGAGCCCAGGAUGUUCCUGAAGGCUGUGGUCUUGACCCUGGCCCUGGUGGCUGUCACCAGUGCCCAGGCUGAGGUCAAUGCUGACCAGGUGGCCACUGUGGUAUGGGACUACUUCAGCCAGCUGAGCAACAAUGCCAAAGAGGCUGUGGAACAUCUCCAGAAGUCUGAACUCACCCAGAAGCUCAAUGCCCUCUUCCAGGACAAACUUGAGGACGUGAACACGUACGCGGGUGACCUGCAGAAGAAGCUGGUGCCCUUCGCCACGGAGCUGCACGAACGCCUGACCAAGGACUCGGAGAAGCUGAAGGAGGAGAUUCGGAAGGAGCUGGAGGAGCUGCGGGCCCGGCUGCUGCCGCACGCGCAGGAGGUGAGCCAGAAGAUCGGGGACAGAGUGCAGGAGCUGCAGCAGCGCCUGCGGCCGCACGCGGAGGAGCUGCGCACCCAGGUCGGCGCGCAGACGGAGCAGCUGCGGCGCCAGCUGACGCCCUACGCGCAGCGCAUGGAGAGGGUGCUGCGCGAGAACGCCGACAGCCUGAAGGCAUCGCUGACGCCCUACGCCGACGAGUUCAAGGCCAAGAUCGACCAGAACGUGGAGGAGCUCAAGGGGCGCCUCACACCCUACGCCGACGAGCUCAAGGUCAAGAUUGACGAGAACGUGGAGGAGCUGCGCCGCAGCCUGGCUCCCUACGCGCAGGACGUCCAGGACAAGCUCAACCACCAGCUCGAGGGCCUGGCCUUCCAGAUGAAGAAGAGCGCGGAGGAGCUCAAGGCCAAGAUCUCCGCCAACGCCGAGGAGCUGCGGCAGAGGCUGGCGCCCGUGGCCGCGGACGUGCACAGCAAGCUGAAGGGGAACUCGGAGGGGCUGCAGAAGUCUCUGGCAGAGCUGAGCGGCCACCUGGACCGGCACGUGGAGGAGUUCCGCAGCAACGUGGAGCCCUACGGGGACACCUUCAACAAAGCUUUGGUGCAGCAGAUGGAGGAGCUCAGGCAGAAGCUGGGCCCCUUCGCGGGGGGUGCGGAGAGCCACUUGAGCUUCCUGGAGAAGGACCUGAGGGACAAGGUCAACUCCUUCUUCAGCACCCUCAACGACAAAGAGAGCCAGGACAAGACCCGCGCCCUCCCCGAGCAGGAGCAGGUGCAGAUGCCGGAUCCUUUGGAGAGCUGAGCUGCCCGUGGUGCACUCAUCCCACCACCGUGGAUACCUGCCCUAUCCUGCCCCCUGUCUGUCUGUCUGUCCCAAAGCAAGUCUGGUAUGAGCUUGAGGACACAUGUCCAGUGGGAGGUGACACUACCUCUCGAUAUUCAAUAAAGCUGCUAAGAAACUAGCC